AUGGAAGAAAAAUCAGAGAAUUUAAUGAUUAAAAGUAAAGAGCUUUGUGAGAUAUUUUUGAGGUCUUUAAAGAAUGAUCAGGGGAGCGUAAAAUAUUUGAAUGAAUGUAAAAAUGUAGAUAUAUGUGAAUAUUAUGGUGUGUUUAAUCUUGUAUAUUCGAAUAUAAUUAAUAAUGAUAAUAACAUGGUUAUGUAUAAAGAUCAUUUAUUAUUUCUCUCAUUUUGUUAUAUGAAUAAAUUAAUUGAAAAAUAUUAUAAUAUAUAUUCAAAUGAAGAGAAAAUAAAUAUAAGAAAUAGUUUUAUAAAUAUUUUAUUUUCAUUACCAAUAAAUUAUAAUCAUAUUUUGGAUAAUGAUAUAUUAAAUUUAAAAGUAAAAUCGAAUGAGAUGUUGAAAACAAAGUUAAUUAAUGAGUUUCUAAAUGAACAAACAUGUUUAAUGAAUUCCUAUUUUAACAAGAAUGAUAUGUAUAUGAUAAGUACAUAUAUGAAUUCUACAAGAAAUAAAAUAUCCCAAAUAUUAAGUAUUAUAUGUUUGUAUAAUGAACCUAUAUAUUUCCGAUAUCUAUUAAAUUUUCUUCUUUUUUUUGUUUGUGAAUAUAUAAAUAGAAUAAUAUUAUAUAAAUCUGAAGAAAAUAAUGUAGUUAUUAAUCAGACUAAUAAUAUGUUUAUUAUGUCAGGCGGUUUAAAAAAUAAAAGUUUAAAAGAUGAAAAGAGUGGUAUCCAUAACAACAACAACAACAAUAAUAAUAAUAAUAAUAAUAAUAAUAAUAAUAAUAUCCAUAUAAAUCGUUUCAAUAAUAAUAUAAAUGAUGAGAAUUAUUAUUUUAAUUGUGUUUUACAAAUUAGUAUAAACUUUUUAAAAGAAAUUUUUUAUAAUAUAAGUAAUGAGAAUUAUUCAAAUAUGUUAAAUAAACAACAAUUAAAUGUAUUUCGUACAAUUAUAAUUACAGAUAUAAAUAUAAUAUUUCAUUUAAUUUCUCUUGUUUUUUAUUAUUGUUUAUGUUAUAACAAAAAAAACGAAUUUUCUUUAUUAAUUGAAGGAAUAAAAGAAUUAUCCUUUUUUUUUCCAGCACAUAUAUUUUUUAAUGAAUCCAAUUCACCUAUAAAAUUUUUGCUCAAUAUUUUAAUUUUAUGUUUUAAAAAAGACGAAUCUGAAGUAAAUGAAUUAAAUUCAAAUAAUAAUUUACUUUAUGAUAAUAUGCCACUGAACCAUUUCGAAAUAUUCUAUAAAAAUUAUAUAUCAUCGAACCAAUUAAACGACUCAAGUAUAACACAUGUGUUACAUAAUUUUCUAGAAGAUGUAGAUGUAGAAGAAAUAUUAUUAAUUAUAUUUUUAAAUAUUAUUGAAUAUAUAUGUAAAAUUAAUAAUAAAACAUUUGUUCAAUUAAAUGAAGAUGAAUUUAUGUUAUUUUUAGACACAUAUUUUAAUAUAAAUUUAAAUUUCUAUAAUAUAGAACAUUAUAAUUUUCAAAAGAUAUAUGUAAAAAUGAUUAUGAACUUAUCUUGUAUACCUAUAUCAAAUUAUUUACAUAAAAAAGAAAAUAAAUUAAAAUGUCUACAUAUAUAUAUAAUUCAUAUAUUUAAAAAUAUAUAUCAUCCUAAUAUGAAAAUAUUAAUUAAUAUAUUAACCAUUUGUAAAAACAUAUUCGAUAAUAAUAAAGAUUUAAUUUAUAUAAAUAAUAAAUAUAAUAUAGAAGAAAGUAAAAUAUAUAACAUAUAUAAAAUUGAUAGAGAAAAUUUGUUGAAUGAAAAUAAUGAAAAGGAUUAUAAUAAUAAUCAAUUAAUAAUAUCAUGUGAUGAUUUAAAAAAAUUGUUUAUUUUGAUGUUUAUAAGAUUUAUAAAAAUACCCAUAUAUGACCAUAACAUGGAUAAUAAUAUAAAUAAUAAUGCAAAUAUUAAUACAAAUAAUAAUGCAAAUAAUAAUAAUACAAAUAAUAAUAAUACAAAUAAUAAUAAUACAAAUAAUAAUAAUACAAAUAAUAAUAAUACAAAUAAUAAUAAUACAAAUAAUAAUAAUAUUAAUGAUAACCGUUUUGGUGUUUCUAAAAAUAACGCGAAUGAACAAAAUUUUUUAAAAAUUUCCAAAGAUGGAAAACAAUCAGAAUCAAUAUUAUCAUGUACAAAUUCUUCUAUGAAUAAAAAAUUAAUGAUUGAAUUUAUUAAUAAUUAUAUAAGUGAAUAUAACGAAGAAUGGUUUCAUAUUUAUUAUAAAUAUAUGAAAGAAGAAUAUGAAGAAAAUGAUACAAAUAAUAUAAAUGAAUAUGAUGAUAAUGAAAAUAUUUUAAAACAAAAAAUAUUUAAUUUUAUUAAAGUAUUAUUAGGAUAUAAUCAUGAAAUAUAUCAUAUAAUGAUUGAUGUGUUUGAUGAAUUCUUCAAAUAUUAUGAUACUAUUAUUACUAUAAAUAAUUUAUGUAAUGAAACAUUAAAGGUACAAGAUUAUUUUAUAUAUGUUUUAUUAAGAGCAUAUUUUCAAUUAUUAUCAUUCUUUAUAAAUACAUUGAAAGAAUUAAAAAAUAUUGUUACGAAUGGAAAUAACCAAAUUAAUGAAAAUAUUUUUUCGUAUCAGAUGAAUUGUACAGGUGAAAGAGAGAAAGAGCUUAAAGAAGCCUAUAUUCAAAAUAAAAUUAAUAUAAAAAAUAAUCUAGAAGAAAAAAUAAUACAAAUGAAUAACAAUAGCAUUGAACUUGAAAAUAAACAUAACAUUAAUAUUGAUAAUAAUAAUAAUAAUAAUAAUAAUAAUAAUAAUAAUAAUAAUAAUAAUUGUGGUAGUGUUUCAAAUGUGUGUAGUAAUACCUAUAAUGUAGAUAUGUUAAAAAGGGAAAAGGAAAAUAUUGAAUUAGAAAUAUUUAUUAUAAAAUGUAUAGAAAAAUAUAAAGGUUCACCUUAUUACGAAAUUAAUAAUAAAUGUAUUAAUAAUUUAUUAAAUUUCUUUAAAAUAAUAUUACAAAAAGAUUUUAUGGGAUUUAGUAAACUAUCAACAAAUUUUCUUCUUUUUGAAAUCAAAAGAUUACAACAUAUUUCUGAAUGUACUUAUAUUUUAAAUUAUAAUAAAGAUUAUGCAUAUUUUAUUAUGGAUAAUUUAAUGAAAACAAUAAUUGAAAGUACAGAAGACAUAUCUUUUGAAUUAAAAAAAAAUUAUCUAGCAAUUUUUACAUCCAUAAUAAUGAACUUAGAAAGCUUCUUAUCAAAUGAUAUUAUACAAAACAUUUUGAAAACAUUUUUAGAUUAUAAAAAAUCCACAAAUAUCUUUAAAUAUAAUAAAGAAUUUAGUAUAUUCCUUUUAACACUUAUAUCUGUUUUAAAAGUAGAGAAUAUAAAUCAGAAGGUUCCAUAUAUUAAAUUAGUUUUAGAAGAUACCUAUGAAUUUUUAACACAUUUUUAUAAAAAUAUAAAUACAUUUCAAAAGUUGUAUGACCUUUUCUAUGUACACCAAGCAAAUGAUACAAUGUUACAAGUAGCAACCUUUGAUUCAAUUCAUAACAAAGAAGACAUGGUACAUUCAUUAUUUGAUUCAUACAAAAUUCUGCACACGUGUUUUUCCUUAUUUGGGUAUGAAAAAAUCGAUAUAAGUAUGAAGAUCAAAUUACAAAAAAGCACAUUAAGUCAAGCAGCAAAUAAUAACACUAAUGAUCAUAUGAGUAGUAGUAGUAAUAAUAAUAAUAGUAAUAAUAAUAGUAAUGGUAGUAGUAAUAAUAAAAUAGGAACACAUGCCAAUUUUGGAGAUGAAAAUAUGUAUUAUAAUUUAAUGAAUGAUAAUAAUGCAUUAAUAAAUGAUAAUGAAUUUUUACAUCUAUUUAUAAACCUUUUCGAAAAUGUUCUGUUGAUAUAUUCAUUAUUUAAUGAUAUGAUAAGAACUAAUUAUUCUUUUGAAAAAUAUCCAAAAAUGUGUGUGGAAGUUAAUUAUUUUCACCUGACUGGUCAGGAAAAAGAUGUUGUGUGUAUGUACAAUAGGAACAAAAAGAAAAAUAGUAUUGAUAAUAUGGAACAUAUGAAAAAUAUGAAAGAUGUGAAUAAUAUGAAUAAUAUGCUUAGUAUGAAUUAUAAUGAUAAUAUGAAGAAUAUGUGUGGUUCUACUGAAUUGUUAUAUAUGAAAAAUAAUGUUUGUACAGAAGGGAAAAAAUGGAAUUAUUAUACAAUAAGAUUAUUACAUGAAAAUAUAUGUAAUGUUAUUAAAAAGUUUAUAAAAGAAAGUUAUUUCUUCCUAUAUAAUGAUUUAACAAAUAUAUUUAAUAAUAUAUUAUGUAAUAGUUUAGAAUAUAUUCCAUAUGAUUAUAUUAAUAAUAAUAUAUUAUUAGUUUAUGUUUGUUUAAGUGAAAAAUUAAAAUAUUUAAUAAAUAAUAAAUUAAUCAGUCAAUUAAUUAUACAAUGGUUUUUUAAAAUUUUUUCCGUAUUUUUAGAAAAACAUUUUCAUUAUUUUCGAGAAGAAUAUGAACAUAUAAAAAAAGUAAAUUCAGAAUUAAAUUCAGAAAUAUGUAUGAAAGAAGAUGAUUAUAGUUUGUAUUAUGAUAUGUUAUAUAAAAAUAAAAAUUAUAUUUUAAAUUAUUUAAAAAUAUGUAAAAAUAUAUUUGUUGUACCAAAUGAAUAUAAAAAUAAUCAAGAACAUAAAAUGUUUUUUCAAUAUAUAUAUAAUGAUGAAAAAACGGUUCUUUUAAAUUCUCUUCUUUCUACUAUAGAAUAUUUAUUAAAUAGUUAUGAUUGUGAUAUUACCAAAAAAUGCUUGAACUUUCUUGUAGAUUCAUCUGAAUCUGUUACUUUUUUAACUUUCAAUUCAUCCCAUUUCUACUUUUUUCUACAAAUUAUUAAAGUACUUUUGAAAACAUUCUUUUUAUAUAAUCCACUUAUAUUAACACUAAGACAAAAAAAAGAAGAAAAUGAAAUCAGUAAUAUAAUUCUUAAUGAAUAUACAGAAGAGAAAAUACAAGUCUAUAUUGGAGAAAUGAACUUAUUCAUGAAAAAUGAUCCAUUAGAAGCAAAUUCUUUUCUAAACGUUUUUACUAAUGCAAUUAUCAAAAUAAGUAAACAUUAUUUCUUUUUACAAAAAAAAAUUUAUAAUAUUGAAGAAAAUAUUUCUAUCAAUGAUUUAUUAAAUAUUGAUAGUGUUAAACAUUUCUUAUUAUUAUUUGAAAACAUAGAAAAUUCAAGCACAUUUAAUUUUCAUACGAUUCUCUCAGAUUUGUUGCAUCAAAAUAAUUCACAAUAUUUUAAAAAUUUAUUGAUUCAGUAUAGAUUACACAAAACAUAA